UGGACUUCUGACCCGCACUCACCUCUCAACUAAACCCUGAUCAUUCAGACAAGUCUCGAAGCUGGUCGUCCCUGCUAGAAGCCUUUCGCAAUGACCGGCAAACGCGCGGGCCGCGGGUCCCGCUACAUGCGACGCGAUUUUAAGAAGAACCGCCCGAACGAGUGGGUUCGCCAGCGCCGCGACGAGCGGGCCGCGCAACCCGGCGCGGACGGCGGCGAGGCUGGCGGUGCGAGCGGCGGCGCAUGGAAAGCAUUCGUGCUGGAAAACGAAGCGUUCGAGUCGUACUACAAGAAGCAGCGGCUGCUACCGGAGUCGGAGUGGGAUGCGUUCGUGGCGAGCAUGCGGCAGCCGCUGCCCACCACGUUCCGCAUCAACGCCAAUGGUCCGUUUGCAACGCACAUUCGCGACGAGAUGGAGAGGCACGUGGCAGAGUCGUUCAGCCAGCCCUUGGAGGUGGAGGGCGAGCGGGUGGAGCCGCCGCGCGUGCUACCGUGGUACCCGGACCGGCUGGGCUGGCACCUCAACAUCUCGCGCCAGCAGCUGCGCACGCUGCCCACUCUCAACAGGCUGUUUGACUUCAUCAAGCGUGAGAAUGAGAUCGGUGCUAUUACACGGCAGGAGGCCGUCAGCAUGGUAAAUCCCUCCUCUUCUCCUGGACGUGCAACCCCAUCACAAUGUGCUAGACAGUAAGACCCCUCUCCCCCUUUUAUC